AUGAGACUGUUUGUUGUUGCCGCUCUUCUUCUCGGAAGCUGCGUCGCAGUCGAGCCUGAGGCCGUUUAUAGUGGAGGCUUUGACUUCGCUAAGAACGACUCCAUCAAGCUGCGCAUCGCCAAUGGAGGUGCCGGUCAAAGCGGCCUAAUCAAAGAGCUCGCCAAUGCAUACAUCAAAGAUCGAGUCACGGAUGGCGAGAAGCCCUUCCAAGUAGCUUGGAUCAAGAGCGAUACGUAUUACAGCAUCCAGUAUCUCAAGACGGGAGACGCCGACGUGGGCAUCACGUACAAUGAGGCAGCUGAGAACAUCUCGAUUAAGCAAGGCAUUGCGAAGUCGCCCAGCUACUAUGCCUUCCGUGACCACUUCCUGCUCAUCGGUCCAAAGCGUAACCCUGCCAACCUCUCCGAGUCGGAUGACAUUCUUACCAUGUUUGCCACCCUCCACGAGGCGGCUGAGGGGAGUGCUACCAAUCCGCCUGUUCGCUUCCUCAGUCGCUAUGACAAGUCUGCGACCAACAUCAAAGAGACCCUUCUCUGGGCUGGCAUCGGACAAGUCCCGUGGGCCACCGCGUACUCGACUUGGUAUCACCAAUACAUCGCGUUCCCAAUCCAGGCUCUCACCGCCGCCAUUCUCCUAAACGAGUACACCAUCACAGACCGAGGCACCAUUUUAUCUCUUGACGCCGAACUAAGGAACCAGACCAAAAUCUACAAGGCUGGUUCCGACGACGCCGAUGAUCUCCUUCUGAACCCUGCCCGGGCCUUAAUCGGCGCAAAGGCACCCAACGCUGACGAGGCUGCUGCAUUUGUCAAGUGGCUAGUGAGCGACAAGGGACAGGAUGUUAUUGCUGGCUUUGAGAAGGAUGGACAGCAGCUAUACUCGAGGGCUCCCAAAAAGGCAGCGAACUAG